AUGCAAUACCGACUGGUAUCGGCGCUAGCCGCCAGUGCUCUGCUCGCUAGUGUGAAUGCACGCCCGAUUGCUGGCACACAGGACUUACCAAACAUCAUUGGUAUCGGAAAGCCGUCUUCAGAGACUACCUGGAGCAAGAGGGAGGAAGCCGCCACUGGCGACGACAUUUCCAUCACUCCCCCAUCCACAGAGAUCAUCUGGGGCCGUGACAACAAAGAUAAGAUCGAGCUCGGCAAGCCUUCAACUGAGAUCACCUGGGGCAAGCGAGACCAACCCGGAGACAAAAUUGAACUCGGCAAGCCUUCUACUGAAAUUACCUGGGGCAAGCGAGAUCAGCCAGCAGACAAGAUUGAACUUGGAAAGCCAUCAACCGAGAUCACCUGGGGAAAGCGAGACCAAACCGGAGACAAGAUCGAACUCGGCAAGCCAUCCACCGAGAUCACCUGGGGAAAGCGUGAAGAGGUCUCGGGCGACGACGACAUCUCCAUCACCCCUCCGUCCACUGAGAUCAUCUGGGGUCGCGACCAGAAGCCCAAGGAUACCUUCUACCUCGGUAAGCCAAAGACUGUCGUCACCUGGGGAAAACGCGAUCAACCCAAGGACAAGAUCGAGCUAGGCAAGCCAUCAACAGAGAUCACCUGGGGAAAGAGGGAUCAGCCCAAGGAUAAGAUCGAACUCGGCAAGCCGUCGACUGAGAUUACCUGGGGGAAGAGGGACCAGCCAAAGGACAAGAUUGAGCUCGGCAAGCCAUCGACCGAGAUCACUUGGGGCAAGCAGUAG